AUGCGGGCGCGGCUGGUGUUAAAUGGGCUGACGGCGGAGCUGGGCUCGGUGGGGGCUGCGCCGCCAGCCUCGCCGGAGCCCUACCACGAGCUGGAGCUGUACCGGCAGCUGCUGGCGCUGCCGAGGCGCGCCAGGACGCCGGACCCCGCGCCGCCCCAGCGCGAUGAGCCGCAGCGUCGGUGCCGCACCCCGGCGCCCCCCGCUCCCACCGCGCCCCGCGCCCACGGCGGCCCCCGCACCCCCCGCGGCCCCCGCACCGCGCCCCCCGCCGCCACGCAGCGCGCUCACCGCCCAGCGCGCGCCCAGCCAAGCGAUAGCACCGCUCUGGUUGCAAGGAACGCGCUCGUCACGUGCACGUUCCGUGGGUCACGUGCACCAUGCACCGUGGCUAAGCCCUCGCUACGG